CCAAAGCUCUUCUAUCAUCCAAACCAACCUUGCAAGUUGCACCUUUUACCCCUUUUUUCAAUUCUAAAGAUGGGUAUCAGAUUGAUGGGAAUAGCUCAUGCUAAACAAAAGCUUCAGAGAACUCUUUCAGCAAGAAUGGGAAUGGUUUCUGCUACUAGUAUUGAUGUACCAAAAGGCCACUUUGCAGUUUAUGUCGGAGAAACACACAAGAAAAGGUUUGUGAUUCCAAUAUCUUACUUGAACCACCCUUUAUUCCAAGACUUGCUAAACAGAGCUGAGGAAGAAUUUGGAUUUGAUCAUCCUAUGGGCGGUCUCACAAUUCCAUGCAGUGAAGAAUACUUCAUUACUUUAACUUCAGCUCUAAAUUGUUCAUAAAUAAACAAUGGCUAUAUAGCCUGAUAAAAAUUCUCUCUGACCCCAUUGGUCUAUUUUGUCAAAACAACAAAAAUUGAGACAAGCCUUGCAGUCUCUGUGGUUUUGUAUUGUGGGCUAUUGUCAAUGCCAUUCUUAUGGUUUCUUGUAAUUGUAAAUAUAUUGUUCAUUAUUAAAUUUCUAUCUGUUGAACAGAACUUCUAAGGUAACUUUGAGAGUA